AUGUCUUCUACACCUCUUAUCGAACUAGACUGGUCUUCUACUCCACAACAUUCUUAUGUUCAACUCGGUGACCCUACACCACCUGAAAAUAACUCAGAUGAUAUAUCAUAUAAUACCGAGCGGCCAGUAAUAUUUUCCACUAAGGAUAUCCUUUCUCUUGAUAUUGAUGAUAUUUAUCCUUAUACGCACUCAACUCUUCAUUUUGAAGACAACGAAACGGAAUAUAUAUAUGAUGACGAAGACUACUUUCAACAGCUACUACAGGCUCAUUUAAACGCUGAAAUAGAAGAAGGCAGCGUACUUAGAGAUGACAAACCUCUCAUUGAUAACACUCCUUUAACUCCCAUACAGGAGAUUAAUCCUAUACCACCUUUAGAUACUGCGCCUCUUUUAGAUAAUUUACCCAUAGUCGAGAACAUUAAUCCUAUACCAUUGGAUACUGCGCCUCUCUUAGAAAUUUUACCCAUGAAUUAUGAAAUUCAUCGAUCUGGAUCAUCACCUCCGUUUUCGUCAACUUUCGAAUAUUCUUUUAGUACAAAGAAAAUAAACCCAUACGAGGUUAGAGACACACGUGGAAGUGGCACUCUGUAUAACACUAAAAAAGGAAGAUAUUUCCUUAUCGAGUUAGAUAAUUCCUCACAUGAUCUUCAAUUCAAACUGCAAAAAGCUCAAUCUGAAUUACCUUAUAGGGACAUAUCUGACCUUUACAAAAUAUUGGCAGUUAAAAAUAGAACUUCUUCCAUAUCAAAUAAAAAUAGACAAACAAAGACCUUUAUUCGAUUUUCUUCCGGGCCCCACGUGAUUUACCUGGGGUACUACUUUGCCUGCGGAUUUACAGAAAAUAAUAAAUGUUGUCAACAACCAGCUGCUGUCGUACUUUCACACAAUCGACUAAACUGUAAUAAACAUCUCCCUAAAUUCAUAAUACAUGGGAGAUUUCGAACUGGUAUUUUACCUCAAAACCCUAGUUUUCUUGCCCAUAAUCGAUAUCAGACUCAUAAUCACGCAAAAGAAGUUCAUUCAACACGACUUGGUAUCUCAUAUAACGUUAUCACUCGAAGAUACAAUGAAUGGAGAGGAAAACAAGAUUUUUAUCUUAAAAAUGUUAUGGAACCACUAUCUACUAAAACGAAGAAAGGUGUGAACACCACGCGCACGUUCUACAAAGAAUAUUAUAACUUUGAGCUUGACGCUAACCGUACACAACAACAAAUCAAGCGGUGGAAUCGCCUAAAAUUUUCGAACUUUAAAGCGGAAAGAUCCUUGGGUCAAGUCAGACCCUUCCUAAUCAAUGAACACUCACAUGUGUACAAAAAAAUUCAACAUGCAGUUGAACGUUUUCCUCCAUAUAGUAGAAAAAGCAAAUUGGAAAUUGAAAGCGAUAAGAUUAUUCGCAAAAGGACCAAAAAUUGGAAACGCCGUACCAAAAUGCGAAACAAGAAAAGGAAACCUUUACCUCCUUUACCCGAUAAUUUUACUGGGAAAGCCAUAUCCUAUUACUUUAAUACACAUAAUAUUAAUCUCGCUGCGUAUAAAGUGCGACGACGCUAUAAUUUAUCCGGCAUCCCUGAUUAUAAAUUUGGUUACCUUAAAGCGGUUAGACGUUAUGGCAAAUAUCAAAAUCGUUUACGUUCACCCCCACCUCCAAUAGUUGAGGACAAGACCAUUGAUACUAAUACUCAACCUGAAGCUACUUUUUUUUCAGAUAAACUUACUUUGAAUUCUCAUAAAGCACAUUUUGCUCGUACUACUCCUACUGGACAUCAAUAUCCGUCUACGCCCGAACCUGAUCCUCUCAAAUCGAUCAAAGAUGGUGAUGAAAGACCCAUCAGGAAACCAAGAAAACGAAGAAUUAUACUUCCGCCCACACCUGGGCAUGACCAAUAA